AGCAGCCGAUGCGCCGCCGCGGAAGGCUCCCUCUGAUUAAAUUCAGUUCACUUCCAUCUCUCGUGAGAAGACCACGUUUCGCGCGAAUUCGGUUCGCUCCAUUGUUAUGCUCGUGCAACAAUAAGAUGCCGGCUGAUAUCAUGACGUGCCGUGCUGAGCAUUUCGGUCCGGGCAUCAGCAAGAAAAGCCGCGACGCCGAAGUGAAAAAGGGGUUUAUGGUGUUCUUAGGACCUGGCGGGAUACGCCAGGACGUCAGGGUUGUCGUGUACAGAACUUCUCUCGAACAUUUCGCCGUAAUAUACCCCAGGAAGCGUCUAUCGAAGCCGACAGGGGUUGUUAAUCUGAGAAACACGACCGUGGAGCGGGUCGAGAAGGAUAGUGGGUUUUUCGUCAGGCAAAAGGGUUAUGACAAUGCCAUAUCUGCCAAAUUCCUGUGCUCAGAGCGGGAUCUAGAAGCGUGGAUCUCUGCCUUUUCGAGCCACACACCAGACGCGUGCCAACACAAUAGUCUACCAGUUUUACUCGAAACAGAAGAGGCUUAAAUGACAAUGUUUGGCCUCGAUGUGCGUUAUCGUGAGAAUAACUAUCGAGGUUGUGUUUAUUUUGCAAUGGGAUGCGAAAAGUGAAAGCAAGUUUUUUGCGAUAUGAAAGUUUAUAGGUAUUAUUCAAUUAUAACACCUACACGAGUGAGCUUGAAAAUGAAUGUUAUCGAACGAGUUUGGUAAAAGGAAAGUAAUGAGUGCUAAUAAUGUACUAUAAAUAAUUUACCAUUUGUUCAAUUGAACAUAAAAUUAAGGUGCAAGGAAGACAGGUCGUAUGGAGAUCAAAUAAAAUGAAAAAAAGUAUGUUUAAUAUAGUCUAAUUUUGAGGCUCUUUGUACUAAUAACAUCGAUAUAAUGAUUGAUAUAUAUAUAUAGAUAACACUUAUUGUAUAGAGCCUGUUUUAUCUCAUUACAUCGCACAGAGCAAUUAAGAUGUAAAUGGUCUGAUAACAUAAUUGAAAGGUUUUAUCUUUUAAGCCAAAUGGGUUGAUCUGUACGCGAAUGUCUGGCAAUCAAGUUACGGAAUUUAUAAUAUUUCCUUUAAUAAAGUUAUUAAGAUAAAUAGAUAUUAAACAAGAUUAAAUUGAUUCUUAUUAAAAUAAUAUACCUAACUAGGUAUUUGGAAGCACUACUUUUGUAAUAUUUUGUAAACAAAAAAAAUUUUAAUUCUGGAAUUUUCUAAUAUUUAGCGAUUCAAAACGAUGUCUUACAACUAUGUACAAAACAAUAUCUUUGAUUCACAUUAUUUGAAUAAAUUAAAAUACAAUUUUUUAUCUGUUCAUAAAAAAAUAUAGAUAAGUUUAGGUAAUAGGUUUAAAAAAUACGUCAAAAGCGAUUUUUCAUUGUUAUUAUCACUAAUUUUUAAAUUUGUUGACUUUCAGGAAAUAUAUAAAAUUAACCUUAUUGCAUUAAAAAGUAAUAAAAGAGAUAUAAAAGCUCUCCUUCUAUUGUAUAACUUGCAAGAUGUACUGGUAAGUGCUAAUAAGUAGGUACCUACGUAUCUAUAAGACCCUACGUUUUAAAUGUAAGGCUAUGCAUUACAGAAAGAGUGCAAUUGUUCAAAGGGGAAGAUAUCCUCCCCCAUACAUUUUUUUAAUCGCAUUAUGUAGGUGCAUUUGCGAAUGAGUAAUAUACUUAUAUUUUUUACUUCCUAUACAUUGGCCUCUUUUCAAGAUCGUGUUUUUUUUUUGUUUUUGCAUUGCAUAUUGUUGUUUUUUUAAACUAAUUAAUAAAAUAAAAAAAAACAACAGAACACAGUCCAAACUAAUCUUUAUUUUGCGUUCGUUCGAGUUAAAAACUAUGACAAUAUGACAUACGUAAUACCUACGCUACUUCUUCAUUUUUCAAAAAAUAUUAAAAAUUUUAUAAUUGUUUGUUUCAGUAGGUAUAUAUUUACUUAAAUACUGUUCAGGCAUAAGAGUACUUACUUAUACUAUUUUACAUACAACCAAUUUUUAUUUACCUACAAAACUUAAAAAUAAUCACUGCCGUAAGGUUUUCCUAAAACACUCUACUGCAAGAAUACCUAUUUGUGUCAAAUGCCGCCACUUUUAUUACUUUUUUACAACAAUAACAUGUAAUUUAAAUAAUGAGACAUUUUUAAGACAAAUAAUUUUAAUUGUGAACUGGUAAAAAUCAUUAAUUUAUGUAAUUUCUAAAACAUUAAACCCGGUUGAUGUAUUUUUUUUUGCAAUCAUAUUUUUUGGCCGACCGUCAAAUAAUUUUAAUCUACGGCCUGUAUCAGUCGUUUGUAUGUUGGCAAAUGGCUACCCUUGUACUACUCCCCUUUUAUUAUAGACAAUUUAAAGAGGAACUUCGAAAAUAAGCUGUAACUGCCAAAAUGGUAAAAUUAUUGCUACCAAUCAUUUCCCGAAAGAGACUAUAAACGCAUUUUAGAGCAAUUAUAGGAAUGGUAAAUUCCUAUUUUCUCUGGGCUCUAGACUUGUAACUUUUAAUAUCAGAAAUGGAAUCCACAUGCACUUUAUGUUCCGAAGGGAUAAUAAAAGUAAAACAUUCACUAAGUAUUUGCAUAAAAUGUAUUAUUUUUUGAACUGACGUACUUUCAAACGCGAUAGAGUCGUUCGCUACUUUUCUACUAGGUGUAUUUUCUUUCCUAAACCUGUAUAAAAUAGGUAAAUCGGGCCAACCUUUAUCUGUUGACGAGCAGUCUAAUAGUUAACACGCAUGCGUUAAAUGCAGACAGCAGAGAUCGCGACGCGUGUGUGCAAAGACCUCAUUUUUAGGUACCUAUUCAUUUUGAAAAGCCCGUCAGCCAUCUUUUUUGUCGUCAUUUUUAAUAGAACGUGUUGAUUAUGUAAAUUGUAAAGUAUGUGCGCAAUUCAAUCAAGGAUAUUGCAUAUAUAUGCAUUUUGAAUGAUUGCUUACGUUAUAAACAUUCGAUUUAUUUUAUCGAUUAUUGGGCAAGCUUUGGGUAAAAAAUACUCGAAAUAGUGCUACUUAUAGUAUCUGUAGGUAAAUAACGUACCUACUUAUGAAUAAAAAUAUAUCGUAAUAAAUAAAAAUUCUAAUUGUUAAAAUUCUGCAAAACUUAUGUGUGGUAAUCUUGUUAUUAUCCUGAAUAACAAGCAAAAAAAGCUAUUGAUUACUUUUUCAGCAACCAAUUUAUGUAAAUCAAAAAUCAACAUCUAAAUAUGAAUUUAAUCUUUCGAUAUUGUUAAUGUCAAGUUCACACGAGUGUCUUAUAAUAAAUAUAUUUGCAAAUGCUGGUCUAUAUAUUAGGUACUUGCUCUGUGAUGCUGGUGGCAGCAUAGCACCCUUUAUUUUUGUUAUUUUUCGAAAUUAUUGUCAAUUAUUAUUAUUUGUUAUAGCUCUUUUGCAAUGUUUAAAAAUAAUAUUCAGAUAGUUGAAACAUUUUAUUUUGAAGAAAGUUUAAAUUUUGAAUUUAUGAACACAAAACCAAAUACAUAUGGUAAUUAAAUUUAAAGUGUAAGAGCCUUCUAAAUGUCGGAAAGACCAUGUAUGAGCUUAUAAAAAUAUGUGAUGUAACAAGGCGAUAAAAAAUGUAAUGUUAUUAAAAUAUAAGGACAAAUAAAGGCGGACUAUAAUACGAAAGUUCUAGAACU